AGCUGUGAAAGGCUACAAAGAAAGUUGCUGUUUGAGAAGGAAUGAAAUUGUUGUCUAAAACAUUGCAAUUAAGAAAAUAUAUAUAAAAUGCAACGCGAAGAGAAGCACUUUGAGAUGACGCUGGACGCAGUGGUGCAGCGUCUCAACGACUUAAAGUUGGCGGUGCUCUCCAUGAUACAAAAACUGGAAAUGGAGUAUAUGGACAUCAAUUGGCCAACUUUUCUGGAUAACUUUGCCAUCAUAUCAAGUCAUCUGACGAGUUUGACUAAGAUUCUGGCCAAGGAGCAGUGUCCUCCGCUUCGAAAUCGCACUGUGCUACCGCUGCUAGUUUCCAUGGAUCGCGACGAAACGCUGGUUAAUAUCACAGAAGGUCGUGUGCCGGUGUUUUCGCACGAUAUCGUGCCGGAUUAUCUGCGAACGAGACCCGAUCCCAUUACUGAGCAGAAGAUGCAGCAAAACGAACAGAAGGCGGCAAAUCUAACCAACGAGGCGGCUAUGAAACAAGUGACACAGUACAACAAGGUUGUAUCUCACGUAUUAGAUAUGGUGAGCAAAGCGCGCGAAGAAUGGGAGAUUGAAUCCAGCUCACGUACAGGCAUACAGCAGACAAGCAGCAUGACAGACACCCAGCUGCUCGUUGCAACAGUGGGCAUGGGCAAGGGACUGCAAUACAAAGCAAACUAUGGACCAGGGCCUGGUCCUGGCAUGAUGGUGCCGCCAUCAAUACGCGGGCCCACCCCACCCAUGGGCGGCCCAUCCAUGAGUCCGGGCAAUGUACAACAGCAGCUAGGCAAGGCGCCAUCGGCCGUGAAAACCAACAUCAAGUCAGCGAACCAAGUACAUCCAUUCUCUCGGUAGCAAAAUAUCAUAAUUUAUUGUUGCGCUUUGCUCUUGAAUACAACUCAGUAACAUAAUAAUAGAUAUACAUAUGCUUAGAUACUAGAAUU